ACUUCUUCUAAUUCUUCCUUUACUUCUUCUUCUCCCUUUAUUUUUCAUUAACCAAAAAGGAAAAAAAAAAGCAUAAUGAAGUUGUGGACUUACACUAGUCUGUUCAGCAUUGCUGUAUCAGCCAUUUCCGCCGCUGAUGUCCAGUACUCAGUAGUCGCAUUCCCAAAAUCCGGUGAGACUGUUGGCGUUUCGGUCGGUGGCCAAGUCUACAACCUGGCCUCCAGCACUUUCCACUCCAACCUCUUCACUGGCUCAGCACCUGCUGGCGACACCUACCAAUACGUUCUUUCGUCCGGAUCAGCAGCUACCCCCGAGACCACCACCCGUUCCCUUGCCCAGGGUGCUUCCUCCACCGGAAACGAGUUCUAUGGUCGCUCAAAGACCGUUUACGAUGUUCCCUCCCUUCCCCAGGCUUACAACCCUAUCUAUCCCACUCUCUUUACAAACUUGAACAAGUCUAAUGAAAUUGCUACCAUUAUCAUGACCGCAAACCAGACUGCCAUUGAUGCAUAUAACAAGGACCCCCUCGGAGACUACAAGGAUGCUCUGGUUUCUGAGCUUGUUUACAUCAGCAACAAGGAAACCUUCAAGUUCAACGGCGCCGGUCUGUCUACCAGUGGCCAGUCCACCAAGGACUUUGCCAAGCAGUCCUGGGCCAUUGACUUUAACAAGUAUUCCAAUGCCACCGAGAAGGCCCUUCUUUACGGCCGUACUUCUCUCAAGCUCCGUGCCGAAGAGACCGACAUGACCUUUGCUCGUGAAAAGUUGACACUUGACUGCCUUGCCGCUGCUGGUGGUGCCACUCUUUCCAGCUCCUGGGUCCGUGUGUUUAUCAACGGUGAGGCCUACGGUCUGUUCUUGUUGAUGGAUGACUCCAGCACCCACCUUAUCGAGGACAUUCUUUACGGCGGCGACUGGUCUGCUGCCGGUGUCGGUGCCACUUACAAGGGCAAUGCUCUGAGCCCCACUGUCGAGGGUAACCUUGUCUAUGCCACCGAAGACCCGACCAAAUACCCCGAAGACAUCUACAAGCUCCAGGACAAGGGUAACGACAAGUCGCUCAACAAGACCACCGAGAUGCAGCCCUUGAUUGACUUUACCCGCCAGCUUGCCGCCAUCGACCCCACCAAGGCCACCGACGCCAACAACAAGGGUGCCAUUGGCGAUCUUUUGAACCCCGAAAACACCAUGAUCCACCUCGCCCUCAACUUCCUGACCGGUUCUUGGGAUGGUCUCUGGAUCCAGGCCAGUAACUACUACCUCAACCAGGACAUGCUGACCAAGAAGUACACCAUCAUCACCUACGACUUUGACGAGGUGUUUGGUAACGGUGCCGAGGCUGGCCUUGAUACAGUUGCCUACACCGCAUUUGCCCGUGCUGACUCCCAGCGCCCAGUUGUCGAUGCAUUCAUCAAGUCUCCCUACUACAACCAGCAGUUCCAGGACAUCGUCAAGACCAUCGUCAAGCGUUUCUUCAAGCCCAGCACCAUUGACCCCAUCUUGGCUGCCUGGACCGAGAUGCUCAAGGAGGACAUUGCCUGGACCCGCACAAUUGCUGGCAAGUCUGCUGGCCAGAAGACCACCUGGACUACUGCCGACUUUACUACCAACAUGAACACCACUGCCCAGGGUACUAUCGGUAUCUCCCAGUGGGUUGCCUCUCGCUCGGCUGCCGUUGCCAAGCAACUCAACUUUACUACUGACGAUGACCUUCCUGUUCUCGGUCCUUACACUGGUGGUAACACCCUUGACAGUAACGGUAACGUCGUCUCGCGUGCAUCUGGCCAGGCUAUCCAGCCCAGCGGAUCCACUACUGCCCAGAGUGGCUCCAAUGCCAGCACCAACAGCGGUGCUUCUGGUGACAAGGCUGCCAGCAAGGACAGCGCAGCCUCGACUCUUGUAUCUGGCUUGUCUACCGGCGUAGCAGUUGCCGUUGCCGUUGCCGUUGCCAUGAUCUAAAAAAAAUAUAUUCAUAUUCAUAGUUUCUUUUUUUUUUUCUUUCUUUAUUGAGAAAGCAAAGAAUAAUACAAUACAAUAUAAUACAUAUAUAUAUAAUAUCCUUCCCACCUCUUCCCACUUUCUUAAUUCACAACUUACACUUCACGCAAGAACCCAUAUAUACAAUUCAUAUACAUAAACAAAUAGUCAAUAAAAAUAUUAUUUUUUUCUCUACCUAUAUAAAUAUACAUACAUUUUGUGCUUGUAUGUUUAUAUCUUUAUUUACAAAUUAAGCAGCUAUAUAUUUCUGUUUGAAUUUGCUGAGCCAUUAUUGUACACAAACACUAAUAUAUAUAUAUAUUCUUUUAUUUGUUUAUUU